CCAACAAACCAACAACUGCUACAAUCCUCUCUAUAUCUCUAAUGGCGUUUCGAAACCUUCUCUUCUUCUCCUUCUUCUCUAUAUUCCUCCUUCAACUACAACCCUCCAUCAGCCAAACAACAGUCAAAGCCGCCUACUGGUUUCCGGCCAGCGAAUUCCCGGUAUCUGACAUAAACUCUGCUCUAUUCACCCACCUCCUCUGUGCAUUCGCCGCUCUCGAUCCUCAAUCCAACCAACUCAUCAUCCCAACCUCCAGCCAGGCCACAUUCGCUUCUUUCACCACAACCGUCCAACAAAAGAACCCGUCCGUCCAGACGCUAUUAUCGAUAGGAGGCGGAAGGUCCGACCCAUCUGCUUUCGCCUCCAUGGCGAGCCAGCCAACAUCACGUAAGAGCUUCAUCGACUCAUCCAUCAGGCUCGCUCGAGCCAACGGCUUCCGCGGCCUCGACCUCGACUGGGAAUACCCACAAACCGCUCAACAGAUGUUGAACUUAGGCACCCUCUUCGAUGAGUGGCGAGCUGCGGUGGUGUCCGAGUCGCAGUCGUCGGGUCGGCCGCAGCUGCUUCUGACUGCAGCCGUCCAUUUCUCUGCGAAUCGUGACUCACUGAGUUACCCGGUCCAGUCGAUCGGAAGAAACUUGGAUUGGGUCAAUGUCAUGGCGUAUGACUUCAAAGGACCUGGCUGGUCGGGAGACUCGACCGGUGCACCAGCUGCACUCUACAACCCGUCGAGUCGAUUCAGUGGUAGCGCUGGGAUCGAUGUCUGGAUCGGGGCUGGGCUUUCAGCUAAGAAGAUGGUGCUAGGUCUGCCGUUUUAUGGAUAUGCAUGGAAGCUAGUGGACCCGAACCAAAAUGGUUUGGGUGCGCCUGCGAGCGGGCGAGCUACUGAACAAGGUGUUGCAAGCCAUGGAUCGAUAAGUUACUGGCAGAUCAAGGCGUUUGUUGGUAGGAGCGGUGCUACUUGGGUGUAUGAUCCGACGGUUGUAACGGACUAUUGCUAUGCGGGGUCCACUUGGAUGGGAUUCGAUGGUGUAAGAUCGGUUGCUGCUAAGGUUUCGUAUGCUCAGAGUAAGGGGCUGUUGGGCUAUUUUGCAUGGUCCGUUAGUGGAGACAGCAACUGGGAGCUUUCACAACAAGCUUCACAGACGUGGAAUUGAUUAGACAUCGUCAAUCUACGGUAGGAGAAAUAUGACAGAAUAAGGGAAAGGGCCUGAUGAAGCCUUCAAUUAAAAGAGAAAAAAGAAGUUUAAGGAGCAUAUGUAUUAUAUUAAGUUCUAAUAAAUUGAAAUGUAUAUGAUCAAUACAAAUACACUCCUUUUAUAAAAUCUUGUAAUAAUUCAGUACUUAUGCUCUUAUUAUUAAGGUUAUAUGAAGUUUGAUUAAAUAAUAGGUCUGAACAUAUUGCAUUUGU